AUGGUCGCAACUGUACAUCCGGCCUUGCCGGAUUCUCCCUCUCCAUCAGAUUUGAAGACCUUCGGCAGGCGCUCACGCCGUUUCGUUUGGGCCAAAGUCUCGGGAGGAAAGACCGACAUUGUUCGGUCUGAGCCGUCGAAAGGCGAUCAAACCAUCCUGCACGAGAUCUUCUCCGCUUCAGACGCGCCAGCCCAGAUCGAGCGACACCGUCGGCAGCGAAGCUCUACUGUCAGCGCAGCUGGAGGCCCCGUUGUACCCGCUUCCCUCGAUGAAGAAGCCCGCCUCGCAGCGCUUCACAAGCCGAGCGGCUUAGCCAAGCGACACGGUCGUAGUCGGUCGAUCUUCUUCAGAAAGAAUCCCACCAGCAAAGCUGGCUCGGCUACCGCGGAGUCGAGUGCGCCUUCGGGCCGUUCAAGGUGCGCCACUGAGCAGGCUCAAUCGGAUAUGGAAGAUGCAAUCUCCUUUGGCAGUCUAGCGUCACCGAGAUCGGCAUCUGUCACCAAAGCGCUACGAGACCUCGAGCAAGUGUCUGACUUCGUUUGCCAGUGCGCGGCUGAUGUCACGCCGCCAGGCAAUCACCACCUUGAACGUCACCUGCACAGAGCAGCCGAAAGGGCGCGACCCGUCUCCAUGACGCAGAGCAUCGGACGGACGAGUUUCAGCACGUUGGAGGAGAGCUCUGCCUGCUCCUCACCAGUCUCUUCGUAUGCACACGAUUUGCCGAUCGUGCAGGGAGUCUUGCUACCCAGCAGCAUGUCAAGGCCAUCUCGCAGGAGCAGCGCGCAUCCCUCGAGUCGGAUAUGCAGAGAUGGGACGAUGAGCCCCACCAGUGGGUCGCAUCACUCGCAUCUUGA